AUGCUCCGUCUCAGGCGGUAUCGCGUGCUGCUCAUCUGCGCCUUGGCUAUCCUUGUCCUGCUCUACCACGUCUCCAAGAAUUCGCAAUGGGACCAUUCGAACGAGAUAUGGCACCACAGAUCCCAUGCCGGCGCACAUUCAAAGCCAAGGCCCCCCGCGCCGCCUCCCGCUUCGAAACCAGAACACGUCCACGAGCAUAAGCCAAAUCGACAUACGGAUACAGACGAGCAGCCGCAGAGGCCUCACCACAAACCUCCACGGCCGCCGCCGCAUCCUUCUUCCCCCGUGCAACACGACAACGAUUAUCGGCUUACGUCAGAUCAGGAAUCACCCAUCUGGAUUCCCCAGUUGAAGACGAGCGAUGGUGUGCCAGGAGGUUACAGUUUACCGACCAACGCGGCUACCGUGCCCGACAGAAGACCGCCAUCCAACCCCGACGAGUACCAGAGGCAGAAUGAAAACGACGGGGUUCACAUCGCCGAUUCUCCUGGGAAAUAUCAGGAGGAUGCCGUCGCAAUCCCCACAACAACCAUCCACUGGCAGAAGCCCCGCGAGUGGUACCCCGUGCCGGAGGAGUCUCUCAUCAUGCUGCCAACCGGCAAGCCCAUGCCCAUUCCUCCGGUGCAGUUUGCCUUUGGGGAGGAGUCGCCUGAGGCCAAGGAAAAGCGAGAAGUGCGCUUGGCCAAGGUCAGGGACGAGGCACGACACGCUUGGGCCGGCUACAAGAAGUAUGCCUGGACCCACGAUGAGCUUACGCCCGUCACCAAAAAGGCCAAAGACCCCUUCUGCGGCUGGGCUGCGACCCUUGUGGAUGCCCUGGACACUCUCUGGAUCAUGGGCUUGAAGGACGAGUUCGACGAGGCUGUCGAGGCCGUCAAGGAGAUCGACUUUACCACGACGCCUUACCGGGAGGAUAUCCCCGUCUUCGAAACCAUUAUCCGGUACCUGGGCGGUCUGGUGGGUGCGUACGACGUGACGGGCAACGAUGCCAGAUAUCGCUCACUGCUGGACAAGGCUGUCGAACUGGCCGAGAUUCUCAUGAGUGUCUUCGACACCCCGAACCGCCUGCCCGUCCUCUACUACAACUGGAAACCCGCACACAACAUCAACCCCAAGCAAGCGUCGAUAAAUGCUGGCGUGGCCGAGCUCGGGUCUAUGAGUAUGGAGUUCACCCGCCUUGCGCAGCUUACCGGCAAGCACAUAUAUUACGACGCAAUAGCGCGUAUCACCGACGCUUUCGAGGAGCUUCAGAACCGCGAGAACGGAACCGCGAUCUCGGGUGUCUUUCCCCAAAACCUGGAUGCCUCUGGCUGUAACCGGACUGCUGCCAGGCUGGUGGUCGCCAUGGAGAACAGCAGUGAUGCCGCUCAAAAGCAGGCUGGUGAUGUCGAUUUGGGGCAGACUUCUGAGGGAUACGAAUCGCAGCACAAUAUGGGGGCGAGUGAUGACUCCGGCUCUGGGCAAAACAAAGGUUUUCAUGGGGGGGCCCAAAAGCGAACACCCCCACCUCACGGCGCGUCAGCUCCCCUAAACGCAAAAGGACAGCCAGGGAAAGCGGAGUGCGUUCCACAGCCCCUGGUAGGCGCGUCAUGGGGCUCGGGCUCGUACAGCAUGGGCGGCAGCCAGGAUUCGACGUACGAGUACUUCCCCAAACAGUAUCUGAUGUUGGGCGGUCUCGAGCCCAAGUACCGCACCAUGCACGAGAAGACGGUCGACGGUGUGACGCAGUACCUCCUGUUCCGCCCCAUGGCCGAAGGCGACCCGGACAUUCUCUUCGCCGCCAAGGCGUACAGCACCGACGGCACCACGGACAAGAUGAGCUACGAGUGGGAGGUGACGCAUCUGACGUGUUUUCUGGGCGGCAUGUAUGGCUUGGGAGGCAAGAUCUUCAACCGACCACAUGAUGUCGAGAUCGCGAAGAAGCUUGCGGACGGCUGCGUGUGGGCGUACGACGUCAUGCCCGCAGGCAUCAUGCCCGAGUAUGCUACCGAAGCGUGGUAUGCAGCACUCGAUCCCAACGCCGAGUGGCGCGAGAGGCAGAUGGAAGAGUACUAUGACCGCCUGGCGGAGUGGAAGGAACGGAAAGAGCAGCUGCUGCGGAAGCAGGCCGAGGAGCGAAAGCGCCAAGCCGAAGCCCAGAAGCAGGCUGCUGCAGAGGAAGAGGAGCGGAUAAGGAGGCGCUCAUCGCAAGGUCAAGAUGUUGCCCGGCAAACCCCGGAGGGUUCUCCUCUCCCCGAGCUGAGGCAGCAGGAUACGGCGUCGGCCGCUGGGUUCCAGAAGCGGGCUGCGCAGGGCGAAUUUGGCACUGCAUCAGACCAGACGCCCAUGCCCGGAUUAACCGUGCCGCCUGCACCUGUCAAGCCACUAACCCACCAAGAACACAUCGCCCAGCGCCUCGAGAAGGAGCACAUCCCGCCAGGAUUCGUCACCCUCAGCGACAAGCGACCCGAAGCAAUCGAAUCAGUCUGGUACAUGUACCGCAUCACGGGUGACCCAGAGUGGCAAGAAAAGGGGUGGCGCAUGUUCGAGGCCGUGGUGCGCGCCACGCGGACCGAGGCAGGACACUCGGCCAUCCGCGAUGUCACGGCAAGAGUGAGCGGCGGGCCCAACACGCUGCCUGACAUGAUGGAGGACAGCAUGGAGAGUUUCUGGCUGGCUGAAACGCUCAAGUACUUUUACUUGCUGUUUGAGACGCCCGAUGUCAUUUCGUUGGAUGAGAUACACAACCCUGGACCCCUUCUCGCAGAUCCCCUCUCGGACCGGGUAUCGGUCCAGGCACCCCUGGGGGCCGUGCUCGACCCCCUCGAGCCGUUCUUCUCCCCGCUCAAGGCCCGCGUGCGCUGCCCCGGCGCCACAACCGUGCGCUUCGACCCAACGGCUUCCGAGGUCGAGGGCUUCGCUCACCCGCUGUGGGGGUGGUGGAUUGAUGGGUACCGGGCCGGGACGGACCCGGAGAGCACAGAGUACUGGGUGUAUCCGAGCGACAACGACCAGCGCAUGGUCGAUAUAUAUCCGCUGAGGUUUACGCUCGCGGUGGCGCCCCAGAUCUGGGAGGGGUUGAGUGAGCGGGAGAGGGGGAAUGUAGAGGCGAGGUUGGCGAAUAGUAUCAAUGAGAAGAAGCAGCAUGCCGAACACGAACUGGCUCUGGUUCCGCGUGUUUGCGAACUGGGGUUGAAGAAGAACGCGGGCAAGUUCUCGCAGGAGAGGCUGGAUGCGGAUAUCAAGCAUCUGGACACAUUCUACAGCGGAGAUGGGUGGUCGAAUGAUGGCCCCGAAGGGAUUCAUCCGAUGGACUAUUACUCGUCAAGCUUUUCUAUUCAGUUCCUCCAGCUGCUCUACUUCAAGCUGGCUGGAGAGGAAGACCCGGAACGCGCGGCCGAGUUCAGGAAGCGAGCCCAGAUGGCGGCUCUUGACCUAGCCCACCAGUCCAAGAUAUCUCUGUCUUUCACGUUACCGUUAAACCACCAUUCGUCUUUCGCAGCCGCCAUAUGA